AUUCAGAGAUUGUGAUGCUGUUCAGUAAAUCUUACAUCAACACCCACCCUGGUUUUUUCACUUUAGACCGCUGUUCUCCUUAAUAUCGUAAUUCAAGCUCUUAUCUUUACUAGCGAAUUUCAUUCUAUUUAAGUUGAUUUUGAUCUGGGUAUUUUGGGUUUUUAUAAAAUGUUAAAUUUGAUGUGAGUUUGUGCAGAUUUUGAUAACGAGUGAAUGUUAAGGGAGAUAUUUAGCGUAUUCUGUUGAAAAUGGUGUUAGUAUUAGCAAUAGGAGACCUUCACAUUCCUCACAGAGCAUCUGAUCUCCCACCAAAGUUCAAAUCCAUGCUUGUUCCUGGCAAGAUUCAGCACAUCAUUUGCACUGGCAAUCUUUCCAUUAAGGAAGUCCAUGAUUAUUUGAAGAGUCUGUGUCCUGAUUUGCAUAUCACUCGAGGUGAAUAUGAUGAAGAUUCACGUUAUCCAGAAACUAAGACACUCACUAUUGGUCAAUUCAAACUUGGAAUAUGUCAUGGUCAUCAGGUGGUUCCCUGGUGUGACUUAGAUUCGUUGGCAAUGCUACAGAGGCAAUUGGAUGUAGACAUCCUUGUCACUGGCCAUACUCAUCAGUUCAAAGCCUACAAACAUGAGGGCGGUGUUGUCAUAAAUCCUGGAUCUGCUACUGGUGCUUAUAGUAGUUUCACAUAUGAUGUUAACCCAAGCUUCGUACUCAUGGACAUUGAUGGUUUGCGUGUUGUGGUUUACGUAUAUGAACUAAUUGAUGGCGAGGUAAAGGUUGAUAAAAUUGAUUUUAAGAAGACAGUAACUACUCCGCGUUCAUGAACUAUCUGAUGGAGAAGGAUGACAAUGGAUUUUAAGAAGACAGCAAUUACUUGACUGACAGACUGGUGCAAUUUUGUGAUGAUGCCAACUUCAUUGCUUUGUUUCUUUUAUGUAGAUUGAAGCUUUAUUUUUAAUGAAAUUCAGAAUUGUCCUAUGUAGUUUUGAUUGAUGCAAAAAUAAUAAAUUGGGAUGAGUAAUUUAGAGUUCUUUUGGGUA